UGAAAGGUCCUCUUAAUGUGUUGUCUCUGUGGUAGACAAGCACAUUGUCGUACUCUGUCUCAAACAAAGUGGAAAACAUUACAGUCCCAUCAGUGUCAUGUUAUUUCAACCAACAGCUUCCCCCACUGUUUGCAGCCAUGUAGUGUGCUCCAUGUUACCUUGGUUACAACAAUCAGUUCCACAACGUUGUCAGAAUUUCUGUGUUUUCCAUACUAUAAAUCCCUCCGGAGCAUAAGCUGCUUCAAAAAAUGUCACGAAGAAGAAAAAAACAUGUACAUAAGUCACACAGGACUAUAAGUCGCAUUUAUUUUUAAGAAUUUUUUCACAAAAUUCCAGACCAAGAACAGACAUUUAAUCUAGAAAGUUAUUCAGCGACACAUUAGCGUAAAGAACAUACCUGGGGGGUUGAAUAGGCUAAAUUAGCUUAAGAAGCCAGUGAGUCCAACAAGCAAGUUACCGGAAAGCAAGUUCACCGCACUCACGAUCUAAUUCCACAAGCCAAGAGCGCCCUCUCGUGGCCGUUGCCGUUAAUGGUCAGCUUUAGUUCAUGUCAGUAUGAAUUAACAUUUAAAGGCAUGUUAAAUAUAUUUUGAUCUGUAAGUCCCACCCGACUGCAAGUCCCACGAUCACCAAAACGAUGAAAAACGUACAGUCCGGAAAUUAUGGUAUUGCCCAUCCCUGCAUCCUGUUUGUUUCGUCUGAUGGCUUUAAACAACAUUACGAUUAUUGCAAUUUUCUGUUUCCUAUCCAUACAGUGGGCCCUGCACAUUCGCGAUUCAGCAUUCACGGCCUAGCAAUUUGUUGAUUUUGGGUAUAUAUUUUUUUCUUUUCUUCAAAAGUAGGCAUUUUUUGGUAGAAGACACAUCUCAUUCACCAGAAAAUGUAGAAAUAUGUUACAAUACAGUAAAAUGUAUAACGUACGUGUACCAUUGUUAAAAAGCCCAUUUAUAUGUUUGCCUUUAUGCUUUACUCAUAGUGUUUUGUGUUUUUGUUGUCAAGCAUUGAAAUUUCACACUUUUUUCAGCGGUCAUUGAACACACCAUAGUUAUGUGCUCAUCAAUCAUCAUUAGUGGUGAGUACCUAUACAUUUUAUUCUCUAAAUGUGUUUAAUACGUGUGUGAGGCAUAUUUACAGCUUAAACCUGGAUUGUGUUCUGAGUGACCAAUGGCAAUUGAGGAAAGACGGGUCAGUCACUUUUAUUGGAAAUGUUGAUCUGAAAAUGACGGAAAAUGUCAACGUGAAGCUAGCAGGAGCUAUAUGUCAAAAAUAUGGCCCCGGAUCUUCAGUAUUAUUAUUAUUAUUAUUAUUAUUAUUAUUAUUAUUAUUAGGAGGCUAUCAAUACUUACUUAAAUGAUCCAAAAAAUCUGUCAUGCAACAAAAACUAAAAUGUAGGUAAUGUAAUUUCUAACAACUCUAAUGUACAGUAUCAUAACUUAUUAAAAUGAAUGGCAUUUAAUUAAAAUACUGCAUUAAUUAGAAUAAUACAUUUAAAUUAAUACAUUAAAAAUUGUAGCGAUGCUAUACUGGUUGCCAUUGCCAUGAAAACCCCAGACUACAUCGGUGGACUAAAACAAUCGUGUGUUCGCACACCAUUAAGUUGUGUUGUGUUGUGUUGUGUUGUGCGUAGUCAAGGCUUUAUAUUUCUUAGUUGGUGUUAAAAGGUAGACGUGUAUUAUCAGAGUGCAAGCUUUCACGCUACAUGAGAUUGGAAAAUGUAAAAGGUUUCCUCUGAUUAGGAAUAGAGUGUCAUUUUGCUGUGAAAACAAACUUUAGAGUGCAGCGGUUAAAGAAGUUGUCCUUGGAGUUCUCUGUUGGUGUCAGCACCUCUCAGACUCGAGCACACACGCAGUGGUAAUCAGUGAAUGUUCCUGUAACAUUGACCACAUUUUCAUCACGUCAAGGUCAUGUUGAUGUUCAGAUGAAAAGAGGAUGUGGAGACCACAGGGGAUAGCCGGCGGAGAUGCUGAUGAGAGGGGAUGAAUGGAAUAUUUGGGAACGAGUUGCCAAAAUGAAAACAGAUGGAACAGAGUUGUCUGGUGUGGAUUAAUAUGGAUUAAAGAAAAGUGUGUGUGUGACUUCGUCUGCUCGUGUUCCUCAUUAUGUGAUGAAGAGGAGAAAGGAGAGCAGACCUGUCGUGCAGCGGGAACGACAAAACACCGAAACCAGGCUCCGGGAGGGUCACGGGUGAACUGGAGCCUAUCCCAGCUUCUUCCCCCACCCAGGAAAUGAUGGCGUUCCUACAGCAAAUCCGUUCCCCUCCACUCUCCUUCAUCCAGACCGUCGUGUCCCUCCUCCUGGCCGCCAUGGCGCUCACGUCCUCCUUCUGGUGUGUGGGUAAACAAAAGGUGCCCAAGCCGCUGUGCUCGCCCACCAAGCACAGCAAAUGCAUCCCGGUUCCCGGCGUGUCCAAUUCGUCCAGCAUCCAGUUCUCCUGGGAGACUGGAGACGACCGCUUCGUCUUCCCCGCCUUUCACACGGGCCUGUUUGUCACCUGCGAGGAGAACAUCUACACGGACGCAUGGGAGGAGAAGUGUCGAGGGUUCUACACUUUGACUCCAGGAUCUGAGAAAGCGAUGAUGUGGUUGUCGCUGUCCUUGGAGCUCAUGUACGUGGCUCUGCUGUUCAUCAGCUGCAUCCUGCUGUCCGUGCAGUUGUGCAUCAGGGCCUGGUUCCCCUCCACGCAGCGUUGGGGACAGCUGCUCAACGCUUUCGCUGCCGUUUUCACCGUCCUGGGAGGUCUGCUUGGAAUGGUGGGUCACAUGAUGUUCAUGCAAGUGUUUCAGACUACAGUCACCAUGGGCCCAGAGGACUUCAAGCCUCACAGUUAUGGCUACUCCUGGGCAUUCUAUGUGGCCUGGUUUGCCUUCACUGUCUGCAUGUCGGCCGGCGUCUCUACCCUGAACAACUACACAAAGAAGGUCCUGAUGGUGGGACCCAGACUGAACUCCAGCCUCAACCCCUUCAACUUCAACUUCAUGGGGCUACUUCCACCAGCUCCUUAUUACGCCGCCCCUUACUCUGGCCUCAGUCACACUCACCCCCAGUCUCAAUACCAGAUCUCCCACUUGUCCCCCUACUACUCGCCCCCAUCAGCCAAGGUACCACCGCCUGCUAAGACCCCACACUCCAUUCCUCUACCCCACUCUGUCUCCUUCCCUCCUUCAUCCUCCUACCCUGUAUCUGAUUCCUCUUUACAUCCCUUGUCCCUCCGAGCUCCGUCUCACUCAAAUAGCUCGUCUGUUGUCGUCCAUGGACUCCUGACGACACCCAGUUACACACCAGAGCAGGACUGCAGCCCUCUUUGACCUUUUGGGGUGCUUUUACACAAGCACCCUUAAGUCCACUUUAACUAAGUCCAACUUUUUCUUCUUGGUCGUGUUCGUUUUGUCAAGUGUGAACACUCUCAUACAACUAUACUGUAUGGACCUUGGCUAUUCUGUACAAUUUUCCAGAUAAUUAUUUAAAAAAUGUGUCAAAAACGGGGCAUUUUGCUUCAUUUAGUUUUUAGCAGCGGUAGUUUUUUUCCCCACUUUAAGCCUUUGUUGUGUGGGUAGGGAGGAAUCAUGUUUAUAUUGCCCAGCGCUCAUUUGCCCAUCAGGUCAGGAUACGUGUCGAACGGGCGCCCUCCCCUACUGCUCACAUGGAGCGGAUAAAACCAAACCAAUGGGAUGUCAUCAUUGCAAGUCAACUUCCAGACGUGAGUCCGCCAAAUCAGCUCAGUGAGCUUCCAUUUUGCUUUGACCUGUCAAGUUUGGUGUGACUUUAGAGUAAAAACCUGAAUAUUACUCCUGGGUUACUCCUUUUCUAACCCGAAUAUUGGGUCAUGUUUACGCCUGUCGGGAUAUCCCGAACGAUAGGAACAUUAAUUUAUGUUCUGCGCAUGUUCUGUUCCAAAGGAAUCUUGUGUCUUAGGCAGGAACUACUCGUAAACAUGGCGACACGCAAAACGCCACGCUUUUGGAGCGAGGAGGAAACAAGCCACCUCGUUAGUGUGGUGAAGCACAGGAACGUUAUGUCUUUCAUAGACGUAGAAAGUACCGCCAUAGCCAAAUCUAUCAGAUGAGCGAGAAGUUACGCGAAGCAGGGUUUGUACGAGCGCACCUCCACGAUCCAAAGUGUCGUAUGAUCCAAAGCCGCUCACAGUGACAGGUUUUCCCCGCGGCGCCGUGCAGGGAUUGGAACGCCGAUAUAAAUGAGAUCUUCAAGAUGAAACACUCUUAAUGCACAAAAUAAUCAUCAAACUUACUUCAUGCACUGGCUCCUUUCUGCUGCGCUCCUCUCGCGCCGUGAGGCGUUCAGGCACACUCGUAAUUGUGAGUGUUCGUCACGAAUUGUUUUUCAUUUUUAUUCAUGUACCCUCCAUUACAAUUGGCGCACCCCACUUUGGGAACGUGGGAUCUACUGUAUGUAUAUCGCUUCCUUGUGUUGUGUGAGCAAUUCAUGUGGC